GCUCUGUUUUGCAACCUCUUGUUACCGUUCAAUCAUCUCUAAAAAUGGCGUCUGAAACUAUAUCAUUAUGGGGAAUACCUCUCAAGUACCUCUCCCUCAUUAUUCUUGUGGUACAAAAUAGUGCUCUCAUUUUAGUCAUGCGGUAUACCAGAGCAAGCGUCCCAGAGGAUCAGCUUUACUUGGCAUCUACAGCCGUUGUCAUGAGCGAAGUUAUGAAAGCUCUUGUUUGUAUCGCUCUUUUGUUCUUUGCCCCUCCUCCAGGCAAGCGUACUUUCAAGAGACUGGUUAGAAAUCUGAAUCGAGAGCUGAUAGUGCAGUGGCGGGAGACCCUUAAGCUGUCUAUCCCUGCUGGAUUGUAUUUGAUCCAGAACAAUCUUCAAUACUUGGCUGUCUCCAACCUUGACGCAGCAACUUUCCAAGUCACCUAUCAAUUGAAAAUUAUUACCACUGCAUUCUUCAGUGUUAUUAUUCUCCGACGGUCUCUCAACAAAUUGAAAUGGAUUGCCAUUACUCUGCUGACUGUUGGUAUCGCGUUGGUCGUCCUGCCUAGAAAUGCAACUCUUUCAACCUUUGGAUCCUUCCUCUCGCAGACAACUUUAUCCGAUGAUCGAUCGGAUGAUAUGGAUGAUGCAGUCGAUAGCGUUGGCAAUCAGUCCAACAUGAAGGGUUAUGUUGCUGUCUUGCUAGCCUGCUUCUUGUCUGGUUUGGCUGGAGUCUAUUUCGAAAAGAUCCUAAAGUCACCUGUCGUCAAACCUCAGCCAAAGUACACUCGAUUUGAGUCGGUUGGAGACAAGGAGCUUGGCGAAGACACCAACUCUAGAAAAUCAUCCGUCGAACUAGACGAAGAAGAUCCAGUCAGUGGAAUGGAAGACGACGGUGUUCCUCAAAGUGCACAAGUCUGGGUUCGCAACAUUCAAAUGUCUUUGUUCUCUCUGCUUUUUGGUUUGGUCUUUGUUGUUGGUAUCCAGGAUGGUCGUAAGGUUGCAACGGACGGAUUUUUUGCCCACUACAACAUUUUGACGUGGGUUGUCAUUUCUAUUCAAGCCAUUGGUGGACUCAUCGUUGCUCUUGUUGUCAAGUAUGCUGAUAACAUCUUGAAGGGAUUCGCCACAUCUAUCAGUAUCAUUUUGUCCAUGCUGGUCUCUGUAUGGUUAUUCAAUUUCAUCAUCUCUGGACCAUUUGUUCUGGGUGCUGCUCUUGUCAUCUUUGCAACGCGUCUUUAUGGAAUGUAAAAAGAGUUUGCGGCUCAUCGGCUAUUGCAAAAGAUGCCUCAGCAAUGUUAUCUAUUGGAUAUUACAGCUACACACACCCAACAACCCUUUACAACCCUCAUCUAAAUACGUUAUAUCUUGUUUCAUUCUUCCUUCCACACUUAGUUUCUUUUCUUGUUAUUCUUCCAUCUUUUUUUGGGGUUCAGGGGCUUCCACACACCUGUGGCUAUUUUUGGGCCCCUUUUAGCUUUCUCGUUUCCUAUUUGUUCGAUAUCCACCCACGCUUUUCUUUCUGUGCACAUUUUAGCCUCCACCUCUGUCGCUUCCUCCAAUCCCUUCCAACUGACACUCUUCGAUCACUUCAUAUAUACCGUAAUAAUCAUAUUUACACCUUUUGACAGAACUUUUUCUGUCAUGAUGUGUGCAAAUAGAAUAAAAGAAACUCGCCGUAUACGCCACCCUUCAAGCCUAAUUUUGACACAGCACUUUAACAACAC